UAAUUAUGUUCUUCCGGUGGUUUCUCCAGCGCCAAUGAUUAGAGCUCGUUAACUUUAACCAAAGAUACCAGCAUAAAAUACCAAAGAUCUUUGUUUUAACUUUAGCAGCUCUUGUUGGUUUCGUUGGCUGAUCUAAUCUAGAUAUACUCAUUCCUCAAUUUCUUUCGGACUAGGCCUAAACUGCCGUGAGAAGGAACUUUGUGCUGUGGUAGAAUCUUUGCAGUAACAUAAAGCCAAAGCGAUACUGGAAACGUUUCAUCAGUUUUGAUCUAAAGGAAACACUGAGACUGAGGUUACACCUAGACUACGUCGCAAAAGAAGUGACUGCUGGAGGCUGUGAAGAGAGAUGAGAUGGCAGAAGAAACCCCCAGACCCGGGCAGUUCAACUCACCCCCUCCAGUUUCACAUGAGAUCCAGAUAAACGUGAAUGAGGAACGUGACCUGCAUGAAGCUUAUAAUGACUGCCACAAGAACAAAGGACACAGAAACUUUACGCCUGUUCCAAACUUUGAUCUAAAUUCUCUACCUGAAGGUUUCCAGGACAAGGGUAUUCUGGAUACCAUUAAACUUCUUGCGAAACUGACAGCAAAGGUGGCUCUUAGAAAGAUGAGUUCAAAGAGAACUAAGAAGGGAGAGAGGGGCAUCCGCUCACACGGAAGUGGAUGGUUGUGGAGCGCUAAGAAAUGUAACUUCUACAAAGAUCGUCCUUGCGUGUGCAAGACAUGCAGGAGUUCCUCAGAACCUGCGAUGGAGUGGGGGGAAUUGAGAGUGUACACCAACAAGCAUGUUGUGUUUGACGAUGAAGAGGCAGACGGAGCCGAAGUAAUCAUGUUUUACGACAGCGAGCACGAGCGGGAUAAAGUGAGAACUCUUACUGGCGUUCGCGUAGAAAGCAGUGACCCAGAAGGUGACGUGUGCGAGUUUAUUGCUGUCACACACGACUACAAGCUUUGGACUUACGUGGUGACUAUUACUGACUAUGUCUACAAUACAAAGUCGGAUCCACUGGAGGCGACAUCGUCCGAAGAGCUAACUGAGCAGAAUUUGGUUGUUAUUGUUUCCCACCCCCACGGCUGCAAUAAACAGAUUAGUGUUGGCAAAUGUCUACGGAGAUGUGUACUGCAAAAUGAAGGUGAAUUCCACGAGUCAGUCUUCUACAAAUACGACACCCCGACUUGUUGUGGGUGCAGUGGUUCACCGGUGUACGUGGUUGGCAGGGAAGGGCGGAGAGUCUUUCAGGCACCUCAUAGGGGAGAGUUGAUUGACAAUCCAGAACACAGUUGCAGUGGUGUUAGCUUGGAAUGGAAAAAGACUGAACACAAGUAUGACUCCUUGAUUAUAGGUUCUGGUGAUGAGGAAAGUGACAGCGACGAACAAGAGACUGGUCCUGGUGAAGGGAGGGGCUUGGUGGAUGACUGUAGUUUGGUGGCGACAACUUCAGAACUCGGUUCUAAUUGUGGAAGCGAAAUUAAUGACAGUACAGAUGAAGUAAAACAAGGAAGUGGCAUUAAUGACAGUACAGAUGAUGUAAGACAAGGAAGUGGCAUUAAUGACAGUACAGAUGAUGUAAGACAAGGAAGUGGCAUUAAUGACAGUACAGAUGAUGUAAGACAAGGAAGUUGCAUUAAUGACAGUACAGAUGAAGUAAGACAAGGAAGUGGCAUUAAUGACAGUACAGAUGAUGUAAGACAAGGAAGUGGCAUUAAUGACAGUACAGAUGAAGUAAGACAAGGAAGCGAAAUUAAUGACAGUACAGAUGAAGUAAGACAAGGAAGUGGCAUUAAUGACAGUACAGAUGAAGUAAGACAAGGAAGUGGCAUUAAUGACAGUACAGAUGAAGUAAGACAAGGAAGUGGCAUUAAUGACAGUACAGAUGAAGUAAGACAAGGAAGUGGCAUUAAUGACAGUUCAGGUGAAGUAAGACAAGGAAGUGAAAGAAGACGAAUGGAAAAGAGAAAAAUAGAUAAAGAUGUAGGGAGCGACUGUGGCGGAAAUGAGAGCCGCCCUGGUGUCAAAGAGCAAACAUGUAAACAGAGUCACUCGGAAGGUCAGCUGGCUACAGAAACAGGAACUGACACAGAGCCCUCUGGCAGUUCUAGUGGUGAACGCCCUCAAGCUGAACUGUCACCAGCUUUCUCUGGAAAUAAUGACAGCCGCAAAGAGGAGGCAGAACCACUUUCCCUGAUGACCUCUGAGAUAAUCGGUGACCUGGACUAUGUCAGACGUUGCAGGAAGAAUCCUUACCAUAAGAAUUUUAUACCCAUGAGGAAGUUUUCCAUGAAGCUGAUACCGUCACCUUACAAGGGCAUUUAUCAGAUUAUCAAACUCCUCGCCAAAAUAACUGUACGCAUAAAAACAGACUAUGUAUCUCAGGACAGGCCUGAACUUUUUAAAUUAUAUCGUCCUGGAUUAGCUCGCUUCGGCACGGGGUGGUUACAGAACCUUGACGGGUUCAGUGGAAGAGGACCCUGCCCUUGUUCACACUGCAGUCAACAAGGCUCAGAGCCAUGCCAGAAAUGGAAAGGAUUUGUUUUGAGGACAGGUUGCCAUGUGAUUUACGAUGACGCAGAGGCUUGUAGAACUGUAGCAGAAUUCAAUUUCGACAGCUACGAUAGAUCCAAUGUUAAAACUUUUGAGGGUGUACAGCUUAUUCAGCGGGAUGAGAAGGCCGAUUUGAAUGACCUACUUGUAGUAACCCAUGACACUGAAUUUGCUGGAAAACUGCGCAUGGUCAUCCAACUAUUCUCCAGACAACUUCAUACCAUGAACAGGAACCUUGCUGGUAAAAUUGAGCCUCCUUACCUGGUUACAAUAGUGUCUCAUCCACACGGAUUGAGCAAGCACAUCACCAUGGGCUUUCAACAGGGUGGUGAGGACACUGGUGUCACAGACGCACUGAUUGACACACAUACCAUGGCUGCGCAGUCUCCAACGUCUGCCCCCCCGGGUCCACCCUCUGGAGAUCUAGAUCGACCAGGACAAGAACAGACUGAUCAAAGUAACGAAGGUCUGAUCUCCAGUACGUUCAAUGGUCAAGACCUAUCCUCUUCCACACAGGAAUCCUCCAGCACUUCAUCAUGGAAUGAUCCAGGUGGUGGAAGUCGGAGCGAUGUGGCUGAUGUCCCAACAAAACUGUUAAUCAAAUCGAGUCGUGUGUAUACCGCAGACACCUGCCCUGGUUGUAGUGGUGCUCCUGUUCUCAUCAUCACUGGCCAGGGUGUCAGGUGCUGGCCUCUAACUCAUUCUCGUACCUCUAGUUUUGGGAACAUAAGUUCUGAACACGUUGACUUACUCGAGUAAACAUAUUGACUGCUUGGUGUAAGACUGCCAUACGCCGUUAUGAAAAGUGUGUAGUAACAAGAAAAGAUAUGUAUUGUAGGCAGGCCUACAAGUGAUAAUAGAAUAAAACAUGUUUUUUCUGUCUCCUGAA